UAGAGGGUUCUAGAUAGCUCAGUAAACACAGUGCAGCAAGCCCCCCCCUUCCUCAAAAAGCUGCUGGAUCCAGAGGUGAGGAGGCAGACAGGAGGCCAGGACUUCAGCACCUUUGCAGGAAGCAGAUAAAACAGAAAAUGGCACGUUUUGGACGACCAUCACUUUCCCUGAUCCACACAGGAUUCCUGUUGGCUAUUGUUUUACUACCAGAGUUUCUGGGGGCCGUUCCAGUGGAGCAGCACAGGGAGGAGGAAGUGUCUGAUGAUGUGAAGGCCGAGGCCAUGGAGAACCUGAAGACGCUGGUUCGCAACAGAAGGAAUGUCCCCGUCUUGGCUGUGCCCCAGUUCAAACGCCUGCCCGACUUCUGGGGAUGGUACAAGUACUUCAUGGACAGCCACAAUCAGGAGGGAGUUGAGGAUCUGGAUCGUCUGUACAUGGCCUACCUGCAGAACAAGCACAGGUCAGAGGAGGGCCCAACCUUCAACCACUACCUGAAGCACCUCAGUGAAAUCUACAAGACUUGUGCUGACUCCGAUGAUCCAGAGUGCAUCUCCGAGUCCACCAGCAAGCCAAAGGCUGCCGUGGUGAUGCCAGCCCCCAUCAAGUCUGCUGCUGUCAGGAUGUGCAACCCUUACCUCGACCCUUACUGCCUGUUCCCCCUCCUCCCCAAGGCCGCUGCCCCCGAGCCUGAGCCAGCUCCAGCCAAAGUGCCCGCCCCCAUCCUCACCCCCUUCCUGCCCAUGCCCCUGAAGAGCCCCACUGGCUUCUACUACUAUGCCCCCGUCCUGGAGCCCUUCCUGAGCCCUACGCAGAAGGCUGAGCUGCUGAGAAUCUGCAACGCUGAAGAUGUGGAGUGCCUGCAGUAUCACCUGAGGGCAGCUUACGGCUACCGCCCGGCCCCAGGCCCAGUCCCAUCCUACGCCGCACUCAAAUGUGACCCCAAGGACCCCUACUGCAGGCCCACCCUGGUGCACAAGGCCCCCACCGGCUUCUACCACCUGAUGUACCCCAGCUGCAACCCAGCAGUCGAUCCUCUGUGUGUGACCAACGUCGCCGCCCCUGCUGCCCUCGCUGCAGAGGAGGAGCCUAAAGAGCAACACUGCAACCCUCUCUUUGACGCCGGCUGCAAUCCCUUGACCGCCACCAAGCUGUCCGGCCUCACCAAGCCCGUGCUGGAGUACCCCAACGAUGCGCCUGCACCUCCUGCUGCUCCUCUGGCCUGCGACCCUCGCGAGGACCCGUUCUGCAUACUGGCAGCCGCCGCUGCUCUGCGCAAGCCCGCCCCGCAGAUCCCCGAGCACCAGGUCCGCUACAAGCUCGGUGUCCCUGGCAAGACCAAGGAGGGCUACGACUGCUAUGUGCACUAUGACAAAGACUGCACCCCAGUGAAGUCUGGCUCUGAGGCCAGGGCCGACAUCAAGGCUCCCGCCAAGCCCUUCUGCCAUCCAUUUGACCCCAACUGCGGCAAGUUUGCCUCACCUGCCAGCGUGCCAGCCCCAAAGCCAGACAAGGAUGGCAUAAUCCUGCCUGACCCCGACUGUGACCCUGAGUUCGACUACAACUGCCGCCUGCGUCGCGCCGAGCCCGCCGCCGCCGCCGCUGCUGACGAGCCCGCUGCUGACGAGCCCGCCAAGCAGGCUGCAGCCCCACGCUUCGAAGACUUCCUCAGGGGCGUCAUGACCCAACACAAGUAG